GCCGGUGGCACAGAGAGAAACCAUCCAUGCCCUAAACUCCUUUGAGGUCUUCCUCCUACGUUCACCGCGAAUCCCCGGUUGAACCAUCACCAGUCCAUCGCCGCACCAAGAAACCCCCCAAGACAAACACUACCACCACCACCAACUGGAGGCUAGAUGCUAGUUACGGAACCUUACAAUACACACAUACUCUUCUCGACUCCAGGCACACUCACGAGGCUUCUUCCCCUAGACAGGGUCCGUGCCUGUAAUAAUGACCCACCCAUGCGUUCUUGGACUGCUGCUGGUUGCUGGCCAUGGCGUGGCCUGGCGACUGGGCUUUCGCUCUUUGCCCUCGUUGCCAUCGUUUCUGGCUUGUGCCCAUUUAAGUCCUCGUAUCCCCCGGGGCACCCCCGAUUUCCUUCUCUUCACCGCAUCAAGCAGGGCUUCGUAACACACUCCUUUUUAGUUGUACGGCUUCACUCUUUCAGCUUUACAGCAUACAUUCCUUCUGUAUCACCUACAGCACAAGCUCAUAGCUUUCUUUGCUACAUCGUCGUCAAUCGAUCAAUUAUCUAAAUCACCAAACCAGUCACUAUGCACGCCAAAAUGACAGCCGGCCUUGCUGCCGCCGUCCUCGCCAACACGGUUACCGCCUUCGCAAGCAACUCCGCUCUCACGCUCAACGCCGCAUACAACGGAAGCAACAAGAGGGCUUUGGUCGUCAACAACUGCCCAUACGAUGUUUACCUCUGGUCUGUUGUUAACGAGCAGGGCU